AUGGCCCUGUUCAAAGUCCUCGUUGCUGCUGCCACCAUCGCCACCGCUCUGGCUGUCCCUCACGGCCACGGCAAAGGCGGCAGUGAAGCCAACCACAACACCCACCACAACACCCACCACAACCACAAACUUCACAAGACUGUUGGGGACUACGCCAACCAGUGCGGCAAUCACCAGAAGCUUCACUGCUGCAACAAGGGCGACAGCGUCGGGGCCUUGAACGAUAUCCUGAGCGGCUCCUGCUCCCCCAUCGACCUCAGCGUCAUUGCAAUCACUGUUCCCAUCAGCACCGCCUGCACCAACCAGGUUGCCUGCUGCUCCGGCGCCCAGCCCGGUCUCAUCCCCCUCCAGUGCAACAACAUCAACCUCUAA